GUUAUUAAUCUAAAUGUUGGUGGAAAAUUCUUUGCCACAAGGUUGUCGACAUUAAGAAAGUACCCUGACUCCAUGUUGGCUGUCAUGUUCAGUGGUAGACAUGACGUAGACAAGGAUGCAGAAGGGAAUUUUUUUAUUGAUAGAGAUGGACAAUAUUUUAGUCAUAUUUUGAGUUUUUUACGACAUGAAGAUUUACCUCCAGCUACUGUAGCUGAGAAUGUGAUGAAGGAAGCCAUGUUUUAUGGAAUAUAUGCAUUGGAGGACAUUUUAAAAAGUUCUCCAGCUUUGUUUGCAGAAUAUGUCGUCCGAGACAAUAUUCGCCAAAAAUUAGAUUCUUAUGAAGACAUUAAAAGAAGAAUCACUGGUCUGGCUAAGCAACAAGCCUUA